GCGCGGCGGUGGCGGUGCACCGGGAAGCGGGGCGCGGCGAGGAGCGGGAGGAAGGGCAUGGAGCCGCCGCGGGCCCGCUGAGCACUGGAGCGCGGGCAGCGGGCGGCACGAUGCCGGUGCAGCUGACAACAGCCCUGCGUGUGGUGGGCACCAGCCUAUUUGCCUUGGCAGUGUUGGGUGGUAUCCUGGCAGCCUAUGUAACAGGCUACCAGUUCAUCCACACAGAAAAGCACUACCUGUCCUUUGGCCUGUAUGGUGCCAUCCUGGGCCUGCACCUGCUCAUCCAGAGCCUGUUUGCAUUCCUGGAGCACCGGCACAUGCGGAGGGCAGGUCGGCCACUGAAGUUGUCAUCCCCAUUGCGGCGCUCGGUGGCGCUCUGCAUCGCUGCAUACCAAGAGGACCCUGACUACUUGCGCAAGUGCCUGCGCUCGGCCCAGCGCAUCGCUUUCCCUGACCUCAAGGUGGUCAUGGUGGUGGACGGCAAUCGCCAGGAGGACGCCUACAUGCUGGACAUCUUUCAUGAGGUGCUAGGUGGCACUGAGCAAGCUGGCUUCUUUGUGUGGCGCAGCAACUUCCAUGAGGCGGGCGAGGCCGAGACGGAGGCCAGUCUGCAGGAGGGCAUGGACCGUGUGCGGAAUGUAGUGCAGACUAGUACCUUUUCAUGCAUCAUGCAGAAGUGGGGAGGCAAGCGAGAGGUCAUGUACACAGCUUUCAAGGCCCUUGGUGACUCGGUGGACUACAUCCAGGUGUGUGACUCUGACACCGUGCUGGAUCCAGCCUGUACCAUCGAGAUGCUUCAAGUCCUGGAGGAGGACCCCCAAGUAGGGGGAGUUGGGGGAGAUGUCCAAAUCCUCAACAAAUAUGAUUCAUGGAUCUCCUUCCUGAGCAGUGUGCGGUACUGGAUGGCUUUCAAUGUGGAGCGGGCCUGCCAGUCCUAUUUUGGCUGUGUUCAGUGUAUCAGUGGGCCCUUGGGCAUGUACCGCAACAGCCUCCUCCAGCAGUUCCUGGAGGACUGGUACCAUCAGAAGUUCCUAGGCAGCAAGUGCAGCUUUGGGGAUGACCGUCACCUCACCAACCGAGUCCUGAGCCUCGGCUACCGGACUAAGUAUACAGCACGUUCAAAGUGCCUCACAGAGACCCCCACCAAAUACCUCCGGUGGCUCAACCAGCAGACCCGCUGGAGCAAGUCUUACUUCCGAGAGUGGCUCUACAACUCUCUAUGGUUCCAUAAGCACCACCUCUGGAUGACCUACGAAUCAGUGGUCACAGGUUUCUUCCCUUUCUUCCUCAUCGCCACGGUCAUACAGCUUUUCUACCGAGGCCGCAUCUGGAAUAUCCUCCUCUUCCUGCUGACAGUGCAGCUGGUGGGCAUUAUCAAGGCUACCUAUGCCUGCUUCCUUCGUGGCAAUGCAGAGAUGAUCUUCAUGUCCCUCUACUCCCUUCUCUAUAUGUCCAGCCUGCUGCCUGCCAAGAUCUUUGCCAUUGCUACCAUCAACAAGUCUGGCUGGGGUACUUCUGGCCGAAAAACCAUCGUGGUGAACUUCAUUGGCCUCAUCCCUGUGUCCAUCUGGGUGGCGGUCCUUCUUGGGGGGUUGGCCUACACAGCCUAUUGCCAGGAUCUGUUCAGUGAGACAGAGCUAGCCUUCCUUGUCUCUGGGGCCAUCCUAUAUGGAUGCUACUGGGUAGCCCUCCUCAUGUUGUAUCUGGCCAUCAUUGCCCGGCGAUGUGGGAAGAAGCCAGAGCAGUACAGUUUAGCUUUUGCUGAGGUAUGACAUCAUCCCCAAGCAGAGCAGGGAAAGUGCAAUGGGGAAGGGAAGGAAGGGGAAUGGAAGAGGAAAGGGUGGGAGGGAGGAGGGAGUGCUGUUUUAGUUUAUUAAUGGUCCAAAGGACAAAUCUGAAGUGCAAAAAAUGGUAACUGGAAUAUGGCCUGGGGCAGUUCUGCUUAAAGGUAACAACCCUGAUUACAGCUCAGGGUGGGCAGAAGGGACAUAUAUAUUUUCAGGCUGCCUGUCUGCUUGCCUCUGACACAUGGUGGCCUCUGGGAAAAAAACCACUUCCUCCCCCAGGGAACUCAGAAGUGUGUUAAACCAAACAAUAAGUUCCAUUCAGUGGCAACUUCUGAUAGGUAAGUGAGCAACAAUAGCCUGGGGGAAGGGGUUCUCUUCACCCACCUGCACACAGAGGUGGAGGGAGCCUGAGAGAUCAGGGCUACCUAAUAAUGCAUCCCUGCCUCAAUCUAGUUAUCAAUGCACUGAGGUCGUGCCUGAGAUACAAGGCCCAGAAGCCUGGUCUUUGGGCGUCAGAAAACAGGGUCCAGGAGUGGUGCUUUCUUAUGCAGCAUUCCACAUCUCAGCAUCCCAAGGAUGAGCCAAACUAGCAGGGAGUUAGCACUGAACUGUUCUGAAGUGUGUGUGUGUGUGUGUGUACACACAUUAAAAAGGAAUGUUUGCCAGGAGGAACAAAGCUUGGUGGCAGUGCUAAAAGCCACGGGCUACAUGGAGGCCUUGGGCUGAAUGUAUUCCAUGUGGCAAUUGCCCAGACAUCUAGAUAAGCUUGUCUGUGAUCUCUGCUUGGGAGAUAAAAUGUUUUGGUCAUCUCCCUGUAAGGUUAAAGCCCAACAUUGCUCAGAAAGGAAGUGAAGGCUUGUGUAUUUCAACCUGUAUACUCCUGAAUUCUUCUCUCAAAUUCAGCUGUGACUAAGACCAGCUCCUUACUUCACUUUCUUCAAGGUGACAUAGUCACCUCUUCCACCCUCCUUGUUGGGCAAGUUCAAGGUGGCAGAUGAGUCUGGACUGUCAUAGCCCUCUAUGCAAUAGGCAAGCAGCCCUCAGCUAACGGGGAAAAACUACUAGGAGCCUCUGAUGAAACUGGCUACAAUCUUCUAACUGCUUGGACAGAUUCCUUGGCAGCUGGAUGGCAUGAAGGACGUUCAGGCUAUAGUUCUUGACAAUCGUCUCCAAUGCAAAGCUUUUUAGCAUUCCUCAAAUCCAAGCUGGAUGUCUUCAAGACUGCCCAUUCUCAGUGGCUUCUCCAGGGAAUUAUCACAGCCAAACUGGACAGUCACUACUGCAUCUGCUUGCUUCUUUCCAGAAACCAAACAAAAACCUCUGCUCUUUGGGGGAGUGAGAGAAGGCCAAUUUCUAGAUUUGCAACCCACAGACUGUUCUCAAUUCUUGGACUUGAAACCUGAGAUCUUGACUAAACCAUUGCUUAGAGAUUGCUUGCUCUCUCCCCCCAAAUGUCCAUUCUCAGAGGGGACGGCUAAUCCCUCAGAACCAGCAUCAAGGUAGAGUAGUUGAGGGUGCAAGCUUCUAGUGUGCCCAGGUGCUUCCUACAGAGGAACAAAGAAUGCUCCGAGCCAGACUGGCAAACCCUGGUGCCUUCCUCCAUUGCCUAAGAACGCAAGGGUUUUCAAGGUGCCGCCAACACUGCACCACGUAGACCUAGAGUUUCUUAUAAGACUGCUCGUUGAAGCUGGGCCCAAUCCAUAAAGGCUGGUAAGAGGCAGCAGGCAUUUGCCAAAGGCAGUUGUUUCAGGCUCUUCCGUGUUUUUGCUGGCCAAGAAGUAAACUAUUUUGAGCACUACAAUGGAGGAAAUCCGCUCAGCCAACUGCAGAGCUCAGACUUCACUAAGGGCUUGUUUAUCUUCAGCUUUUACUUAAAGAUUGUUAAUGUAGGAUGGACUCCUGGCUGGAGAACUCUUGGCUGUCCUGCCAUCAGCACUGUGGUCAUCAACUGUCUUCAUAUCAAGAGUAAGCAGUGCAAGAAGUGGGCUCACAACGUUUGACCUCGACUGGUUUUUCUAAGUUAUUUUGUACAUUUUUCAGCAGUGAAACCAAACUGGGUCUUCAGCUUUAUCCCCAUUUCUUGCAAGGGAAGAGCCUUUAUACAAUUGGACACAUUUUGGUUUUUCCUCAUUGAGAAUUUUAACCCUUUUAUAUUCUUUCUACAGUAAUUUGUAAACA